GUAUUGUGUUUGUGUUUUACUACAGCUGGGAAACCAGGUCGACAUUUUGGAAUCAAGGUUAUAAAGAAAAUCUGAGGAAUAUGAGUUGUGUUGAUUGUCUUUCUAAUAAGUGUAUUGGAUAUCUGGUUUUCCAAUCCCUGGAUAAGUGGUGAUGAUCAAGGUAUAUUUGGUGUGAAAUAUUGUGUUUAGUGUGACUGAAUGCCAGUGAUGAUGACAACGACUAGUGACAAGUCAGAAGAGGGGGGCGUCAGCCUCACCCACCUUGUAUAUCUCACCCAGGAUGGUACUCUGGCCAACACCUGUAUGGGUACCGGCACCUGUAUGUCAUAUGGUGACAUUCAAGUGUGUACAGACGAUAUAAAUAAUGAUGCCCAAAACAAAUGGUGGCGAUGUUGUCGAAGGAAAAUUAGGAUGAACAAAACCAGUAAUGUCAAAUUAACCCAUGCCAAAGGAAUAUCCAAAAGAAUCUCCGAGAUAGCACGAUGGAGCAAACUCUGGAAGUUAAUACAAGAUGAUGAUGGGUGUCACCAAGUAGUUUUGGACCCUAUACAGGAGUUUGACACUUAUAAGGAAUUGGACCCCAAGGUGAAGAAGUGUACUAUGGAGCGCACCAUACUUAAAGUUCAUCUCCCUAAUGGGGGCUUCAACAUGGUCAAGUAUGGUGAUGCCACAGAUGUCAAGGACAUAAUCAAAUUAGUUGUUGGGAGAUUGACGGCUGGAGAGAGAUACUUCGCGAACUGUUAUGCCCUCAAGUUAGUUAAUAUCCAAUCCAAGGACAGUUACUGGCUCCACAAUAAUCUGUCAAUGUACCAGGUCCGACAGAAGUACGAAUCCGCUCACCCAUCUGAUGAAUGGAGAUACGAAUUGAGAGUUCGGUAUCUUCCCAAGAGCUUCCAGGAAUUGUACACAAAGGACAAAGUCACAUUCUACUAUUUAUAUGACCAGGUACGAAAUGAUUACAUGAGGGACAUAGCAGAACACAUAGAGGCUGACAUAGCUAUCAGGCUAGGCUGCAUUGAAAUGAGGCGAUUCUUCAAGGACAUGCCACAAGCUGCUCUGGAUAAGAAGUCAAAUUUUGAGUGCUUAGAAAAGGAAGUGGGCUUCAAAAGAUUCCUUCCAAAGUCUGUGACUGAAACGAUGAAGUCCAAGACCCUCCGAAAACUGAUACAGUUCCAUUUCAAACAAUAUGCACAACUGACAGAGAAUGAGUGUGUUUAUAAAUUCUUUGAAACUUUAAAGACGGUGUACAAAUUUGAGCAGGAAAGGUUUAAUUGUGCUUUAGGGUCAGGAUGGAGUAUUUCCAUGGAGAUAGUCAUUGGACCAGAAGUAGGAAUAAGCUACCUCACAGAGAAGGCCUCCUCACCAACACACAUGGCCGACUUUGCCCAAGUCCAGUCUAUCCAGACCAAUGCCACACCCGACAACAAAGGCGUGUUACAGAUCAAGAUUGCUGGGGCGACAGAGGCACUUACUAUCAUCUGUAGCACAUUGGAGGAUGCUGAAGACAUGGCAAACUUGAUGGAUGGCUACUGUCGCCUUGUCCACAAUGUAGCCACUUCUCUCUGGACCAAAAAAUCUCUAUCAGAUUGGAGGUCAUCUGUUGAGGAGAAUCUGAAUAUUUUAGAUCUGAGAGGUGAAAAUAUUCCCAGAUUGCCUUUCCUUGGAUUUGAGAAGACAGGAACUCAUGGGAAAUCAUCUCACAAUAAUGGUUCCAAUGAACGGAUAUCAGACUAUGCAGAGAUAGUGGAGGAUGAAGGAGAUUACAGUACCCCAGCAGGCCAGUAUGGCAGCCGACGGAAGAAGAAAAAGUCACGGGACUAUGAGCUGUGUCGGGAUUUAAUACGACUCCAGGAGGUGUUAGGGGAGGGUCAGUUUGGAGAUGUCCACAAGGGUAUCUACAUAGACAAGGAUGGAAUGUCUGUCGCUGUGGCGGUGAAAACUUGUAAAGAGGACAAUGAAGAGUCUAUGACAGAGAAGUUCUUAGAAGAGGCAUUGAUUAUGCAGCAGUUUGAUCACCCCCACAUUAUACAUCUCAUCGGAAUCUGUUCGGAGACCAGACCAGUCUGGAUCGUCAUGGAGCUUGCCAAACAUGGGGAGAUGAGGGCCUAUCUACAAAAGAAUGCACACAUUCUUGACCUUUGUACAUUAAUACUGUACACCUGUCAACUCUGUACCGCGCUGUCCUACUUGGAGAGUAAAAAGUUUGUCCACAGGGAUAUUGCUGCUAGGAAUGUGCUAGUAUCAUCCCAUGACUGUGUCAAACUGGCUGACUUCGGACUGUCACGGGUGGUAGAGGAACAAAGUUACUAUAAAGCUUCCAAAGGAAAGCUGCCCAUUAAAUGGAUGGCACCUGAAUCUAUAAAUUUUAGACGGUUUACUACAGCUAGUGAUGUGUGGAUGUUUGGUGUGUGUAUUUGGGAAAUCCUGAUGUACGGAGUCAAACCAUUCCAACAUGUAAAGAAUAAUGAUGUGAUAGGCAAAAUAGAGAAUGGAGAGAGGCUGCCCCUCCCGCCAGGCUGUCCCCCCUCCAUGUAUAAUCUGAUGUGUGUGUGCUGGUCCUAUGAACCAUCGAAGAGGCUUUCUUUUGCUGAGCUGAAAAUUCUUCUUUGUGAGAUCCUGGAGGAAGAAAGACGUCGACAGGAGGAUGAGAUGCGACGAGAUAACCGGAGGAUACAGGAAAUCUCAUGGAGGUCGAGCGGGUCAGAUAUCGAGGAGCCACCCCCCAAGCCUGCCCGCCCCCAGUAUCCUGCCAUGUCUCCCUCUGGCUCCACACCUAACUUGACCAUCAACAGCAGUGUGGCCAGUCUACCACACCAAUGGAACAGCACCACCAACCUACCUGUAGGCCACAGUACCCCUCUGCAGGCCCUCAGUCCUCAGAUACAUCCCCCGCCAGCCUCAGAACCCGCCACGCUACGUAACUCCCAGCUGCCUGCAGAAAUAAACCUGCAGCACUACUUCCCCUCCUCAUCAGGCUAUACCUCAGUGCCUUUCUCCACCAACCACCAGCAAGGCAUGAGCACCAUGGACUCUUCCAUGCCAAUCCACGCCACCCCAGACCCAGGGGCUGCUAGUCUGCCUACACGCCGGGGUGGGGCUUCUUCAAAGCCUUUUGGAUACCAUGUGCCACGUAAUCAUCAUGAGUUGUCUGAUAUCCUUGGAAACCAGUACCAUAAGCCAUCUCCAAGGAACUCAGCUGUGAUAGACCAUCAGGUUUCCAGUGAGCCUAGGCUUUCUCCUGAGGACUUCGACUUUCACACAUCAGAAGGAGUACCACGGGCACACAUAAACCAUGAUGAGGUAGUAGAUCCAAAAGUAUUGGAGGAACGAUUGCAGCAACAACAGCGACAGCUUCAUGAGGAUGCCAAGUGGUUAGAAGCCUCUGAAACAAAACUGGGCAGGGAUAAGUGGCAACCGUCUGGCCUGAAGCCUGAUGUAGGUAGUAAAGAGAACUCACCACCACAGCCUGCAAUACCACAGCCCCCCACCCCACAGCCAACAGCAGAGGUGCAGACUCGACCAACCAAUACAUACUCCAGCACCUCCAGUAAUAGCCAUGCCUCCAGUGGCAGUAGAAGCAGUGUAAACAGUGAUCCAGAGAUGCCAUCUCCAACCAGCAAGAUGGAUGCUGCUAUUCAGCAAGAACUAGACAGGAAUGAUGACCACGUUUAUGAGAAUACAACGAAUGUAGUGCGAUCUGUGAUGUCACUGACCAGGGUAGCACCCUCAAUAAGGCCUGAUGAAUAUGUUGACUUAGUUAAGGAUACUGGAAUACAACUACGAGGACUUCUAACCAGUGCUGACGACUUUACAGCAACUGUUCCCAAGGGACAGGAUACUGAGAUUCAGAUGGCACAGAAAGUUUUGUCAACAGACAUGGCAUCGCUGAUCAACUCCAUGAAACUUGCUCAACAAUAUAGAUCAACAGCAUUAGAGAGUGAAUACAGGAAAGGAAUGCUCAAAGCUGCUCAUGUUUUAGCAAUGGACUCUAAAAACCUUCUGGAUGUUGUGGACAGAACUCGGCUGAAAAUGCUUGCUCUAAGCUGAUCCCAGGUGAGGCAGCGUCUGCCCAAUAGCCUACACACCAUGGUUUUGUUGUUGUUGUAAUGGAGUGAAGGCUUUCUUGGAUGGCGCCUGCCCACCAUUUCUGUAAGGGAGAAAGUGACUAAAAGAUUUUGUGCAAUAUUGUAAUUAUAUAUAAAAGUCAUAUGAUGUUCGUGUACGAAUAUGACAUACAACUGUAGAAUUUUAUCAGCUGCUUUUGUCACAUGACCUACAUGAGAAAUAGGCAGUGCAUUACAUAGGGUGAAACAGGCCUGAUGAUGUCUCGUGAACUGAAACCCAGCUGAUGGCUGCAGGUCCUUUGGAUAAAACUCUAGUGGUUGAAUGUUGAUCCUGUAGCUGAACCUUGUGCGAUGACUGCAGGUCAAGGUGAUGAAUUCCUUUCCUUUUACAAAAAUUGUUUCAUAAGGACAUCAUUGAAAAUAUUUAAAAAUAUUGUCAGACACUGUCUUUAACAGAUAUGUACAACUUUGACAGGUAUGACGCAGCAGGUAUUGAUGUAUGAUACAGCCUGAUGGUUGGCUGGGUAGACUGUAAAGGGUACGGUAAAUGAGAUGAUAUACACGGCCAGGCUGUACUAGUAUUCUGUAACAUGUGUUUUACCUGUUACUAAAUUAUUAAUUUUCUAUAACUGAUGUCAAGUAUAAUAGUAAGACUGUAUCACAAAUCCUAUUUAAAUGCUGUAUUUGUUAUUUAAUGAAACAAGAAUAAAGCAAGAAAUGAUUACAAAGAAAU